GAAGAAGCAAACACUAAACACAGCUCCUUGCUAUCCAAACCAGUCUCAAGUGCAGUAAGUAAAUAUUUACUUAACUUUACAUAAGUAAGUACUUACUUAUAGUUUCCUGAGAGAGGACAACACUCACUACUGGGCGAGUCCUGACUCUAAACACUGAAGAGAGAAAUCCGAGUCCUGACUCUGCGACGUCCAAAGUGCGAUGUUGUCUGUCAUUGUCAGGUCAGCUCUUACAAAAUACAGGGGGUCGUGGCUUCCCAUCCAGGCUGCGGUCAGGGCCAUGUCGUCCUCAGGCGGCCCCACCCCUCCGUACACCACUCUGGCCAUCAGUCACCCGACAGAGUCCGUCACACACGUCGAGCUUCACCGCCCAGAGAAACGCAAUGCCAUGAACAAAGCUUUCUGGAGAGAGAUGGUGGAAUGCUUUAAUGAGAUCGCUGAAGACCCGGACUGCAGAGUGGUGGUUGUCUCUGGAGCAGGAAAGACCUUCACAGCUGGUAUCGACCUGAUGGACAUGGCCAGCGAUGUCCUCCAGCCGCAGGGUGACGACGUGGCGAGAAUUUCCUGGAACAUCCGAAAGACGAUCGCUAGGUACCAAGAGACGUUCUCAGUCAUAGAGAAGUGUCCAAAGCCUGUUGUGGUGGCUGUCCAUGGAGCCUGUGUUGGAGGAGGAGUCGACCUGAUCACAGCCUGUGACAUCCGCCUGUGUACGCAGGACGCCUGGUUCCAGGUGAAGGAAGUCGAUAUCGGAUUAGCGGCAGACGUCGGGACUCUCCAGAGACUUCCUAAAGUUAUCGGCAACCGCAGCCUGGUGAAUGAGCUGGCUCUGACCGCCAGGAAGUUGUACGCAGAUGAAGCCAAGAGCAGCGGACUCGUCAGCCGAGUGUUUGCAGAUAAGGAGGCUCUGAUGGCCGGCGCUCUGGAGAUGGCCGGGGAGAUCGCCGGUCGCAGCCCCGUAGCCGUUCAGGGAACCAAAAUCAACCUCAUCUAUUCCAGAGACCACAGUGUGGCAGAGGGACUCGACUACAUGGCCUCGUGGAACAUGAGCAUGCUUCAGACUCAAGACGUGAUGAAAUCAGCUCAGGCCUCCAUGGAGAAGCAGAGUCCCAAGACGAUAGCUUUCUCCAAACUCUAAAAAAAAAAAAAAACUACUCACUUGGAUGUAAAAUUCAUAUAACACAAAGCUGCUGUUUAAAUCUCUAACGUGGCCUUUUUGUGGGAAAGUUGAACCGCAUCAUGUGACUGAGCUUCUAACACCAAAAUUUAACAAGAGAUGGAGCAUUUUGAGAUUAGUUUCCUGUGUUUUGGGUGGAAAUGCCUCAGAAACAUUAACUUUAUCAAUCUAAACUAAAAAAGGAGAUUAAAAAGUCGUCAGAAUCAAACCGACUUUGUUCAGAUUUACAUCCUCACACAGUUGAUCUCUUACAAACUGCAUAAUAUCUGAAAUGAAUGUCUGUAACACGCCAGUCUAACUAUUCAAAGUGUAAAUGUUGUGUUUUGAAAAAUGAACUGAAGAUGAGCCAAAUCUAAACUGACCUCUGACCUUGCUGUAUCGUUCAUUGUAGAUCAGUGUGUUUUACUGUUCAGCUCAUUUCUGUCAAAAUAUUAAAGGAUAAUUUUGCAAUAUCUGUAAA